AUGGCGAAAAAGCUUGGAACAAAGCCAAAAUCCAACGGCGCUUUUAAAACCUUGUACGAAUUUUCCAACAACCUUAACGAUUUAAAAUACGUAAAACUUUCGAUACCAAAGCAAAACCUUUUAAAUAACGCUGGACGCGUUAAAAAUACGGAACGAAAAUAUGGUUUUCGAAAUUCCGUAACUACAAAAGCAUAA